AUGUCAUUCGCUACUCUGGCAGCAGUAGUAGCUGCUCAGAAAUGCCCUCUACAGUUCGAUGGACGUAUACCCAAAGACGCUACUCUUGAUUCCUUCGACACGAGCUCAAGUCCUUUCAAUGACGCCUAUGUCAUUGGUGGCAACCAAAAAUGGAGCAGCAUCCUCCAAUUCCCCACCGUAAACUCCUCUCUCUUCGACGCAAACGGAACCAAAGCCCUCGAAGUAACCAUCUCCUCCUCUUCCAUCUUCCAAUCCCAAACCGGCUUCCGGCGCUCCGAACUGCUUCCCGCCUCGAACAGCGGCACCGACCCAUCCACCGCGGGCGUGAAAACGAUCCACUUCUCCGUGCAAAAAGACACCUCUCGCCCUCUCAACACAUCACACGAAUACCAGCUCUUCUUCCUGGAAUCCAACGAUUAUUCGACCAACCAGGUCGUGUUGAAGUAUGGGAGCAUCAUUGGAGGGAAUCCGAGUGGAGUCAGUAGUGAUAGUUUGAUGGUGAUGGGGAAUGUGAAUGCGAAGCCGGUGGUGAAUUUGUAUUCGACGAAGUUCACGCCGGGAACGUGGCAUAACUUUGCGAUUACGUUGAAUUUUAAUGCGGGCACAACUCAGGUAUACUACUCAACAAACAACGCGCCUCUAGCUUCGGUCAGCAAGGCGGUUAAGAAUGAUGUCAGUGGACAAGGCGAAUACCAUUUUGGGAUCUUGAAGAAGCCAACGGGCGGUGGAAGCGAUAUUACCAAGAGUGGGUUUCAAGAAGCUGGAAUAAAUGAGGGGAUUAUCUUUGGAGGUAUCUUUGAGGAGGAUAGUAGCUCGUCUGGGUGCAUUAGUCUCAAGCCAUGA